AUGUACUCGCAGUACUGGGAUCACACAGCAGACUACAGGAGAUACACGGUGGUGGAGGGUCUGACUCCGCUUCCUUUGGACUCACCGCUCACCAGGAAGCGUCUUCGCUCUGCAGGCCAGGAGGACGAGGUUGCAAGAGCUUGUGGGACACGGCCAAAGAGCGAAGGGUCACAGUCCGCCGCUCAAGCCACAAGCUGCUGCUCUGAAGGUCAGAUCACUGAACACAUCGUUAUCUCCCGGCCAAUGGGGGACAAGCUGGGCACCUAUUGGAUGCGAGGGGCGAUGGGGCGGGGCUUAGCCAGAGAGCAGCAUGAGCUGAGGCGCGUCGCUUUGCGUCACGCUCUGAUGAGGAAUGUUGGGGGCGGGGCUCCGUGGGGCGACGUCCUCAGCACCUACCUGGUAGGGGGCGGUGCCAAAGGGUUUGCCACCGUGACACCACCCUUUCCCCAGAGCCAUCUGGAGGGCGUGUGGAGCGUCUCCUGCUGCUCACCUGAGCUUCAGGGUCAGACUUUAGACGGAGGUCAUGUGACUCACAGCAUCUCCACCCAGACCAGCCAACAGGCCUCUGUUGCCACCACCUUCUUCUCCAGGGCGGCUCAGAAGCUCAGUCUGUCCCGUAGGAGGAAGUCACCCUCAGGCUCCGCCCCCUCUGCAGGCGAGGAGCGGGGGCCCCUCCUCUACAACGGGGGCUUUGGCAGGGCCCUACAGGUCUCCCCGCCUCCCGUCCCACCAUGUCUCCUCCGGUCAAAGGUCAAGGACACACCAGGGCUGGGGAAGGUCAGAGUGAUGGUCCGGAUCUGCUCGGUCCACAGCAAUGAGGUCUCAGAGUCCAUGUCUCUGCUCAAAGUGGACAGCAAGAAGAAACUGCUGACGCUCUACGAGACGCCAUCUGCCAGACUCGCCGCCGCCGGACUCACCGCCCCCGACGCCCAGAGACGGGGCUCCGCCUCCGCUCCCAAGUGCUUCACCUUUGAUUCCGUUUUCUCCCAGGAUGCAUCACAGGCUGAGGUUUGUUCGGGGGCGGUGUGUGAUGUCAUCCAGUCGGUAGUGAAUGGAGCCGACGGGUGCAUCUUCUGCUUCGGACAUGCCCACCUGGGUAAGACCUACACUAUGAUUGGUCAAGACUGCUCCACCCAGAGUCUGGGCGUGGCCCCGACAGCCAUCUCCUGGCUCUUCAAAGUGAUGGAAGAGCGGAGACAGAAGUUCGGAGCUCUCUUCUCCGUCACGGCGUCGGCCGUGGAGAUCUCCGGCCGGGAUGAGGCGCUCAGCGACCUCCUGGCCGGGCUCGCCUGCUCCUCCCCCUUAGCGUGUUGGCGCGAGGAGGCCUCAGGCCCCGCAGUGUCCCUGAGAGAGGACCCUCUCUACGGAUCCCAGCUUCAGAACCAGACGCAGUUGCGGGCGAACAAUGCAGAGCAAGCAGCGUUUCUCCUGGACGCUGCCCUGGCAGCGAGGAGGAGCAGCCGGGCACCGAGCGACCAGGAGGCCAGAAGGAACUCCCACUUCAUGUUCACGCUACACCUGCAACGGGAAAGGCCAAAGGACAAAGGCGGCAUAUCAGCGAUGUCUGCUGGGAGCCGCCUCCACCUCCUGGACCUGGGGAGCUGUGAGACGGAGGUGAGCCGGACCCGGGAGGGGGGAGGAGGCCGGUGUCUCUCUUUAUCCACACUGGGAAACGUUAUCCUGGCCCUCGCCAAAGGGGCGGAGCACGUGCCCUACAGGGACAGUAAGCUGACCAUGCUGCUGGAAGAAUCCCUCGGUAAUAUCAACUGCCGAACUACCAUGGUUGCCCACGUCUCCAACUCCCUGACCGACUACCUGGAGACACUGAGGACGCUGCAGUUGGCCUCCCUCAUCCACCACUCGGGAAAGAAGAGGUCAAAGAUCUGUCUGCAGCAUGCCUCCAGCUCAUCCGGAGGGGACAGUUCCUGCGAGGAGGGAGUCCCGUCCCAUCGACCUCCUCACCACUGGCCACUCCACUCGAACAUUGUGGCCCUGGAUCCAGACAAGCCGCUGCUGCUCUCCAGUAACCCUGACUACUCCUCCAGCAGCGAGCACUCCUGCGACACCGUGAUCUACGUCGGACGCAGGCAGGUUGCAGUCCCUGACCGAGAGCUCAGCAACAGCGAGAGGCCGUUGUCUUUUAUCCCCAUUGUCCCCUCGCUGACCAAAAAGUGGUUCAAAGACGCCCAGAAGCCCACCGGCAAUCACUUGAAGUGCAACACUUUCGCAGAGCUGCAAGAGAGGCUGGAGUGCAUCGUUGGUAGCGAGGUUUCCAACGCCAGUGCCGAGGGGAAACCAAACACAGCCACUAAACCCGCAGAGACAACGUCACCACCGGGACCCGGUGAGGUCUCCUCCCUCGAGUUAUCAGAAAGCACAUCAGCCACAAACACCACCAGUCUAACCACGUUCCCUGCAGUCCUUGUGGACACCUCCAAACGGACGAGUGCAGACAGAGAGAAAAUCUCAGCCGCCGACCAUCCGUGUGUGGUGAUAGCGGGUGGCGGUUCUCCCCAGGACUGGGACCCUGGGUGGAGAGAGAAGGUUUGCCUCAGGGAAAGUGUUCCCAAGCCAUUGGCAUUUCCGUCCUUACCUAGGACAUCCCAGAAGGCUGCAAGAAGGAAUCCCCCGGCGGGUGUGAGUCAACCAGCACAGAGGCAAGGCCAUCUGCUGGGGUCUCCUAACAUGGAGCAGGCACACAGUCUCCGGGCAUCUCUGUUCGGGGAAGAUCUACUGAGGACCACUGUCACAUUGCACCGUCCCGUGGAGCUGAAUGGGGAGGACGAGCUGGUGUUCACAGUUGUGGAGGAGCUCCCUCUUGUUCCUGACAACGGGGGACCCUCUAACCUGCUCGUCUUCGCCAGCGACUCCUUUCUGCGUAGGUCCUCCUUUGGCUCCCGGCCCGUCAACGUCAUCAGCAGCAUGAACGACGAGUACGACGCAUUCACAAGUCAAACGGGUGACAAGGCCUUGGAGGAUGCAUCCAGGGUAACCUCGGCAAGUGUAUUUCACGAAAAGCAGUUCCUGCGCCACAGCGCCGGGAGCUCCCUGAGAGAGCCAUACUGUGAUUCGUGUCCUCCCUUCUUUACAGAGUGGCCUCCAUCCCCCGACUCCACCAGAGUCCCCCUGAACAAAGCCUCACUCCAGGUGAGUGCCAGUGCUCCAAACGCUUUGGUGUGGGACAACACUCCAUAUACCGCCAACUGUUUCAGUCCUACCCUAGAGCCUACCUCUACUGCAGCUGCACUCUGCAACAAACAGGAAGAAAGACGCAAUCACAUUUCGCCUCGGGGAAGCAGGCGGUUUGAGAGAGAGGUGUCCUCCAAGCCGCACAGAGGGAACAGUAACAGUGUACCUCGGCUACCAAAGGAAACCUCGCUACUCGCAACUCAGAGGGUUGUGGAUGUUUCUGAGAGGCCCAGCAGGGGAGGAGCAACUCUGGUCAAGCUGCCAAGACUCACCCAAGGUGCAACGCCUAUGGGAACCAUUUCCGCUCCCCAGAGUUCGGAACCAAAAUGGGGUCCCGAGGGCAGUUUGGUGAGGGGAACCCUGAGAUUCUCCUCCUUGGGUAAAAAGUGGAAGAGGCAGAAAAGCAGUGCAAUCUCCAGGUCUGGAUCUGGAAACAUCUCCCCUCCUGUUCUGUCGUGCAGGCAGUCAAGCCAGGAGCGAAAGAAGACAACUGCACUGUUUCCAAGUGCCUUAAAUACCAGGGGCGACAAAACGCUGACCUCAGAAGAAGAAUUCAACAUCAGGCUGUGGUCAGAUUCUUUCUGCCACAGAACAUCAAGUUUAAAAAUUAUAAAUACAAGCCAAACGCUGCCGGUGAAAUGCAACAGCGUUCGAGCUGCCACAUCCGCUGGAUCAAAGGUCCAGAGUUUGUUAAGAGGUGGCUCCAGGAGCCCAAGCUCCUCCCCUAAACCUCUCAACAACGUAGCCGGACGCGGCACUAGCCCCCCCGCCCCCAGUAGGACCCCGGCCCGCUCGAGAGGCGCCGGCAACGUGCAGGCUGUCGGAAGGGCGCCUAAUAUCCGAGUUAGCGAGCCAGCCGCUAGUGGCCAAAGGAAGCGACACGCUGGCGGAUCCAGAGAAAUGGGAAACAACAUGCCUCCGCCGCCGUCACCACCGCCGUCGCCUUACAGUAAGAUCACGGCGCCUCGCAGGCCGCAGUGCUACAGCAGCGGGCAUGGCAGCGACUACAGCAGCGUGCUGAGCGGAGAGAUGCCACCCGCAAUCGGCCGCACCGCCCUGUUCCACCACAGCGGGGGCAGCAGCGGCUACGACAGCGAGAGGAGGGACAGUGAGACCACCCACAACGCCUCCUCGGACAGUCAGGCCUCCUCCUCUUCCAGCAGGAGCAGAGCCUCUAAACCACCGAAGAAGAGAGGAAGCGGGUUCCUGCGGCGCCGUCUGAUCCCGGCCAUCCUGCUGGACGCCUCCUCUCCGGGCAGAAAGAGGGGGGGUCAAUGGGCCCCCCCUCGGCAGCCCUGUGAGAUAAAGGUGUAUGAGAUCGACGACGUGGAGCACCUGCAGAGGCGGAGCGGCGAGCUGGUGACGGGGUCAAAGGGUCUGCUCUAUUUCAAUGCCCGGCUGAGGAUGUUGGAGAAGAAGCAGCAGCAGACCAGAGAGCUGAAGAGCAAACACCAGAGGCUGGCGAAGGAGCUGCAGGAAACUAAGACCUGGCUGAUGCUGGACGCCAGCAAGUGGAGCGGAAAGUUUAACGUGGACAAGGACCUGUACCCGGAGUCCCAGGAGUACCUGGAGGCUCUGGCUCAGGCCACUGCCGAGCUGGAGUACUGCGUGAACCUCUGCAAGUCCCGGGUCAUGAUGGAGACCUGCUUUGACAUUGCAGGGACGACGGCCGUUGUCACUCAGGGGUCAGCGGGGGGUCAGCAGGGGGUAGAGGUGUGACAGGAGAGGCCUGGACCCCCUGUGGUACUGCAGCAGAAACAAGUCCACAACUCAUCAAAAAUAUAUUCUAAAAUCUCCGUUAUGCAAAAGGAUCACAAGAGUUUAAAUGAUGAAUAUGAUGAAUAAAGAGGCUUUAUGUUUUUUUAUUGAAAAGUUUUUUGUCUUUCAUAUUAUUUUAAACCGCGGACAUCGUCUGUCCCUGAAGUGCUUGUCUCUGUCUGUCUCUGUUUCGUCUUUUGGUUUGCAUUCAAUCAUUCUCAGGCUCUUGCUCUAUUUACCAUUCUUCUUCUCCUUCCUCUUUCAUGUUUAUCCUUCUUUUUCUCCUUCACACUUUAGUCUUUGCUUGUUACAGAAGAGAAAUAAAAAAAAAUCCUGUGAGACUUAAUGAUUUUUGAAUUUAUAGUUAUCUAAUCAUUUGUAAAGAGAAAUGUUCAGUCGAGUGUCGUGAUGUCCAAUGAAACAUGAAUAAAGAUGAAGUAAACACCGCG